AAACACUUGACGUCAGCUCUUGCUGUAGAUUCUGGAUGUUUUUAGGAGACAAAUAAAUCUGUAUUCAUUAAAGCGCCUGGCAUCUCGUUUACAGCAAUGGAUAACCAACAGAGAAAUCUCAUCUCGUCUCGCUAAAGGACUCAUUGAUGAGGACCAAAAAAGACAAGGAUUUACUUCUGUGGUGACUGCAGACCUCUUCCCCUCCUCUAUCCCCAUCACCUUCUAAUCAUGGAUGAUACAGCUCCACAAGACACUUCCCUCAUGAAGGGGGCCAGAGAUAUUGCUAAGGUGGCCAAACGACAAGCCGUUAAGAAGGUCAGCAAAGUUGUGGACCGUGCCUCAGAUGAGUAUUCCCACAGUCACUCAUACCAUCGCUUCCAGGACGAAGAUGAUGACUACUACAGCCAACCAGAUGGGAACUACACAGGCAAUCAUGCCAACGAUGAAGAGGGCUCAAGCGAUGCCACUGAGGGUCAUGAUGAUGAGGAUGAGAUAUAUGAAGGGGAGUACCAGGGCAUCCCCUCAGACGCUAAGCCCAGAGAUGGGCAGGUGGCUCUGGGGCAACCUCUGGGUGACGGACUGAAGGACCGGCGAGAACUGGAGAGUGAGAGGCAAGCAGAUGAGGAGGAACUAGCCCAGCAGUACGAGCUGAUCAUGCAGGAGUGUGGACAUGGGAGGUUUCAGUGGCAGCUGUUUUUCACACUUGGGUUGGCACUCAUGUCUGACGGUGUGGAGGUGUUUGUGGUGGGCUUUGUUCUCCCUAGUGCAGAGACGGAUAUGUGUGUGCCUGAUUCAAGCUCUGGUUGGCUAGGCAGCAUUGUGUACCUGGGGAUGAUGGUAGGGGCCUUCUUCUGGGGGGGCAUGGCUGACAAGGUGGGCAGACGGCAGUGUCUGCUCAUAUGCAUGUCCAUGAAUGGCUUUUUCGCCUUCCUGUCAUCUUUUGUGCAGGGCUAUGGCGUCUUCUUAUUCUGUCGCAUGAUAGCUGGCUUCGGGAUUGGUGGAGCAGUGCCCAUCGUCUUCUCAUACUUUGCUGAGGUAUUGGCAAGAGAGAAGCGUGGAGAACACCUGAGUUGGCUCUGCAUGUUUUGGAUGAUUGGAGAGAUCUAUGCCUCAGCAAUGGCCUGGGCCAUCAUACCUCACUAUGGCUGGAGUUUCAGUAUGGGUUCAGCUUAUCAGUUCCACAGCUGGAGGGUGUUUGUGGUGGUGUGUGCUCUGCCAUGUGUCUGUGCUGUGGUAGCCUUAACCUUCAUGCCAGAGAGUCCCAGGUUCUACUUGGAGGUGGGAAAGCACGAUGAGGCCUGGAUGAUCCUCAAGCACAUUCAUGACACAAACAUGCGAGCGCGUGGACAGCCUGAAAAAGUCUUCACAGUGAACAGAAUUAAGGUCCCAAAGCAGAUGGAUGAGUUUGUAGAGAUGCAGACGGUUGGCAACUUUUUCUCAAAAGUGUUCUUCAGAGUAAAGACUGAACUUCUUGGGAUUUGGUUGAAUUUCUUGAAGUGUUUUAAUUAUCCAGUGAAAGACAGUACAGUGAAACUUGCGAUUGUGUGGCUUACACUAUCAUUUGGGUAUUAUGGUUUAUCUGUAUGGUUCCCUGAUGUCAUCAGACACCUUCAGGCCAAUGACUAUGCCUCCAAAGUACAAAGGCAUGCCAACGAACGGAUUGAAGACUUCACCUUUAAUUUCACCCUAGAGAACCAGAUACACACUAAUGGCUUAUUUGUCAAUGACAGGUUUAUUAGUAUGAAAUUCAAGUCAGUCGCUUUCAUAAAUUCCACCUUUCAAAGUUGCUUUUUUGAUGAUGUCACCUCUGUAGGAUCAUCCUUUCGAAACUGCACAUUUAUUGAAGCUGUCUUCUAUAACACUGAUAUUGAUGACUCCAAACUUAUAAAUACGGACAUCAUAAACAGCACAUUUUACCACAACAAAACAGGCUGUCAAAUGACGUUUGUGGAUGAUUAUAGUGCUUACUGGGUCUACUUUGUAAAUUUUUUGGGAACACUAGCUGUGCUGCCAGGCAACAUCGUAUCUGCACUUCUCAUGGACAAAAUUGGCCGCUUGUCUAUGUUAGGGUUUUCCAUGAUCCUAUCUGGUAUAAGCUGCUUCUUCCUGUGGUUUGGCACCAGUGAGUCAAUGAUGAUUGGGAUGCUGUGCCUAUACAAUGGGCUGAGUAUCUCUGCCUGGAACUCCCUGGACGUUGUGACAGUCGAGCUCUACCCUACAGACAGAAGAGGAACUGGAUUUGGCUUCUGUAAUGCACUGUGCAAAUUAUCUGCAGUGAUGGGCAAUCUGAUUUUUGGCUCUUUAGUAGGCAUCACCAAAGCCAUCCCCAUUCUUCUGGCCUCAUCAGUGCUCGUUGGUGGUGGUUUAGUGGGAUUGCGACUACCUGACACCAGGUUCAAUGUCCUCAUGUAACCCUUUUGUCAGAGGUAUGGAAAAAUUCAAAAGGCUUGACUUAACCCUUAUUCCUAAAUUCAUUACGGUGCGUUGUGCACUUCUUUACACAAAUGCUUUUACUUUUUUAAUGAUGUUUCUACAGGAGGAAGAUGGGGAAUGGUGGUUUAGUUACAUUAUUGAAUAGCCAGUACCACAGGCAAUUGUGUUCAAUACAAUAUAAUUCCCUUAUUAAGCUACAUUUUCAGUAAAUACACUUUCAGAUGGUAAAAUAUAUUUUUCUGUUUUUUCUUUGCAAUGAUUUAACAGCAUUCUUCAAAUGGCCCUUGUCUCUCCUGGGUGGCUUUUUGGGGGAUUGGAAGUGGAAGUGAGCAUAAAUAUUAAUGUCCCCUUAUUAAGACUUGUGCAAAGCAAGCUAUUAAUGAGCAGUCCAAGCCUGCUGUAAAUAUUCAGCGAACCUGGAUGAUCAGAAAACUGAGAAAGCUGCACAGCUGUAUCACAGCUGGUUGACUGAACCCAGAGAAUUACAUGUAGAGAUGAGAGAAUAGCUGAAGUAGGAGUAAGGGUAUACUGAUAAACAACUCUCCCAAUGAACAAGUCUCUACUGCAAGUGCCUAGCUUUAGGGCUUGACAGUAUAUAUUCAAUUAAAUAUUACGUUUUGUUUUUAGAAUCUUUGUAUUUCAGACACUUAUUUAUUUAAAAGUGUAAUAACCCUGUACUUUUAUUACCAAGCCUUUUGCACAUGUAUGCCAACCUCUGAAGAAAAGGCCUCAGCUGUACAUUGUUCUCAUGCUAAAUAUAUAGAAAGACUGAUUUUACGAUGUACUUGCAGACAGAUUUACAAAAUUAGGAUUAUCAAAUUUCCUGUUUUAUUAUUAUUAUUAUUAUUAUUAUUAUUGCUCUGCAGAUGAUCAUAUUGAGUUAAGCAUAUUUUAUGCAGUCUUUAAGCAUAAAUUAUUUUGUUCUGUCACUAAGACAUGGUCAUUUGUGAUGUUAAGUUGUCUAACAGUAAAUGGCCUUUUGAAACUGUGCCUCUCCAUCACAUAUGAACUAGAAAAGCAGAUAGCAUUACCUUAAGGUAACUCAAAGAGAGUAUGUUCCAUGUUCACUCAUGCAAACCCUCAUGAAUCUUUUCAAUAUGACAUGGGCAGAAAAGAUUGAGGAUCAGGGUGGUAAGGAUACUGCUGUGCUGAAAAGCCUCUUUUAUGUACAAUGUCAAAGACUAGUCUUGUUGACUUGACAGCGAGCAGCAAGGUUUGUAGGUGCAGAGGGAGUUUGAGGGCCCGCCUCAACAUAUGGGAUCUACAAUCUGUAGAGAGGGACAGAGAUAAUUACAAGACACCAAGGCAUUAAGAGUUAAUUAAUAGUGUCAAGUUCAUUAAGAGUGUUUCGAAUUUGUUAUUUGGUUACUUAUUUCUACAUAAAGAAUUAAAUAUAUAUAUUUAGGUUUUUAUUAAGGUACCACGAUAGACUUUGUGAACACAGGUGCAUAAGCCAGAGCAGUUGAAGAUAUUUGUUAUACAGAUACAGUAUGUCAGUUAUAGCCCAUAAUGUUUUGUUUAAUGCUUAAUCUUUUUCCUUUACUCAAUACAUUUUUGUUUUGGUCAGUUUACAGUCAAUAUAUAUGUUGUUUCUAACUUUAUGCUAACUGUGCUUUUGAGACUCAGCAGUUUGAUGUGUUUGAUGACAUGAAAUCAUUGUCUGCUUUUGCAUUCUGUGCCAAAUUCAGUACUCCCAACACAACAGCAAUCAUGUAAACUUUUAUUAGUAGGAUUACAGAAUCAAUUUAGCUCUAAGCAAAAGAUGUCUAACUUUUUAUAUGUUUGAUUAGGCUUCCAACUAACCAAAGUGGCUUAAUGCUGUCUCAGUCUCAGCAAAGCUAUGCAGUUUCCUGAAAACAUUAUUUAUAAAUGAGAUUAUGUUAUAAUUUACUGAAAUUACUGUUGCUGUACUGUAUUUAAUGUAAGCCUGUCUUCACCCGAAGACCUUUUCUUGUAUUUGUGUAUAUAUUGUAGUUUUAAAAUGCUGUCUGAAAUUAUGUGUGUCUGCUUUUGUGAACAGUACAGUAUAUGUACAUAUACGUGUAUGAGUAAAAAAUGUAUGCUUGUCUGUGUACAUUUUGUACAUAUGGUUACUGUGACUGACAAGCUGAAUACUGUGUGUGCAUAUUUUCGGGGACAGCAAUAGAUGCAGCUUUACUAUAUGUACACUGUUGAAACCGCUUACAAUACAUCUGUCAUUGCAGUAUUAUCCCUACCAAGAGCCAGCUGCCCUAAGACACCAACAAAAUUGCAUGUACUAAACUUUUUGGGUCUGUGUGCUCAGCUCUGAGUUCUUGUGCUUCCUGUUGCAGAGGAACAAACUAAAAAAGUCAAAUAUACAAAAGAAUGUAGUACUGUUUUGUUUUAUGGCAGAAAAGAAGCAACUUUAAUAUUUUG